UGAGAAGCCUGGUGAGGACCCCAGGGCGGAUCCCGAGUGGCCCCAGACCGACUGGCGGGCGGAGUCUGGGAGCGUGGCACCUGCAAGCAAGUCAGCUCGCUGGAUGAGGAGAAGACAGUCCCCAGCACAAGCAGGUGUGCGCGGGGUCGGGGCGACGAGGGACAAAGGAGAGAGGAGGGCCUCAUGUCCGACUGCUGGUGCUUCAUCUUCUGCAAGGAACACGCUAGAAGCAAUCCUUCGUCACCACAGUGCGAUGGGGCCUCAAGGGAGGAGGCCGAUCACCAGGUGGACGUGUCUGAUGGCAUCAGGCUGGUUCCCGACAAAGCAGAGGCCACGACGGCCACAGCCUCAGAUGAAAUCAUGCACCAGGACAUCGUCCCGCUCUGUGCCGCUGACAUCCAGGAGCAGCUGAAGAAGCGCUUUGCUUACCUGUCUGGUGGGCGGGGACAGGACGGAAGCCCAGUCAUCACCUUCCCUGACUACCCAGCCUUCAGCGAGAUCCCAGACAAGGAGUUCCAGAAUGUCAUGACCUACCUCACCAGCAUCCCCAGUUUGCAAGAUGCUGGCAUUGGAUUCAUCUUGGUCAUAGACCGAAGGCAGGACAAAUGGACCUCUGUGAAGGCGUCAGUCCUGCGAAUAGCCGCAUCUUUCCCAGCCAACCUGCAGCUUGUCCUGGUUCUUCGGCCCACGGGCUUUUUCCAGAGGACUCUCUCGGACAUCGCCUUCAAAUUCAACAGAGAUGAGUUUAAGAUGAAAGUGCCGGUCAUGAUGCUAAGCUCAGUGCCAGAACUACACAGCUACAUUGAUAAGUCGCAGCUGACCGAGGACCUCGGGGGGACCCUGGACUACUGCCACUCCAGGUGGCUGUGCCACCGCACAGCAAUUGAAAGCUUUGCCCUGAUGGUGAAGCAGACAGCCCAGAUGCUGCAGGCCUUCGGGACCGAGCUGGCCGAGACAGAGCUGCCCAACGACGUCCAGUCCACCAGCCUGGUACUCAGCGUGCACACAGAGAAGAAGGCAAAAGUGAAGGAGGAUCUGCAGCUGGCACUGAAGGAGGGGAACAGCAUCCUUGAGAACCUCAGGGAGCCCCUGGCCGAAAGCACUGCCCACAGUGUGAACCAGGACCAGCUCGACAAUCAGGCCACGGUGCAGAGGCUCCUGGCCCAGCUGAAUGAGACCGAGGCUGCCUUUGACGAGUUCUGGGCAAAGCAUCAGCAGAAGCUGGAACAGUGCCUGCAGCUGCGGCAUUUUGAGCAAGGUUUCCGGGAGGUCAAAACCACCUUGGAUUCCAUGUCCCAGAAGAUAGCUGCGUUCACAGAUGUCGGCAACAGCCUGGCCCAUGUGCAGCACCUCCUGAAGGACUUGACCACCUUUGAGGAGAAAUCCAGCGUGGCUGUGGACAAGGCCCGAGCCCUGUCACUGGAAGGUCAGCAGCUGAUUGAGAACAGGCACUACGCUGUAGACUCCAUCCACCCCAAGUGCGAGGAGCUCCAGCACCUCUGUGACCACUUCGCCUCGGAGGUCACCAGGAGGCGGGGCCUUCUCAGCAAGUCCUUGGAGCUGCAUAGCCUCCUGGAGACGUCCAUGAAGUGGAGCGACGAGGGAAUCUUCCUGCUGGCCUCGCAGCCUGUGGACAAAUGCCAGUCCCAGGAUGGCGCGGAGGCGGCCCUUCAGGAGAUCGAGAAGUUUCUGGAGACUGGUGCAGAAAAUAAGAUUCAGGAGCUCAAUAAGAUUUACAAGGAGUACGAAUGCAUCCUCAACCAGGACCUUCUGGAACAUGUGCAAAAAGUCUUUCAGAAGCAGGAGAGCACAGAGGAGAUGUUUCACCGCAGGCAGGCCAGCCUGAAGAAACUGGCAGCCAAGCAGACACGGCCUGUGCAGCCCGUGGCCCCCCGACCAGAGGCACUCACCAAGUCCCCCUCCCCCUCGCCAGGCUCCUGGCGGAGCUCCGAGAACUCCAGCACUGAGGGCAGCGCACUCCGCAGAGGGCCCUACAGGAGAGCCAAGAGCGAAAUGAGUGAGCCCCGGCAGGGCCGCACCAGCUCCACAGGGGAAGAGGAAGAGAGCCUGGCCAUCCUGCGCAGACACGUGAUGAACGAGCUCCUGGACACGGAGCGGGCCUACGUGGAGGAGCUGCUCUGUGUCUUAGAGGGUUAUGCUGCAGAGAUGGAUAACCCCUUGAUGGCACACCUCAUCUCAACAGGCCUGCAAAACAAGAAGAACAUUCUGUUUGGAAACAUGGAGGAAAUCUAUCACUUCCACAACAGAAUAUUCCUGCGGGAGCUGGAGAGUUGCAUCGACUGUCCAGAGCUGGUGGGGAGGUGCUUUCUGGAAAGGAUGGAGGAGUUCCAGAUCUAUGAGAAGUACUGUCAGAACAAGCCACGCUCCGAGAGCCUGUGGAGACAGUGCUCUGACUGUCCCUUCUUCCAGGAGUGCCAGAAGAAGCUGGAUCACAAGCUAAGCCUCGACUCCUACCUGCUGAAACCUGUGCAGAGGAUAACGAAGUACCAGCUGCUGCUCAAGGAGAUGCUCAAGUACAGCAAGCACUGUGAGGGGGCGGAGGACCUGCAGGAAGCGCUGAGCUCCAUCCUGGGCAUCCUCAAGGCGGUGAACGACUCCAUGCACCUCAUCGCCAUCACUGGCUAUGACGGAAACCUUGGUGACCUGGGGAAGCUGCUGAUGCAAGGUUCCUUCAGCGUGUGGACAGACCACAAGAAGGGCCACACCAAAGUGAAGGAGCUGGCCAGGUUCAAGCCCAUGCAGCGGCACCUGUUUCUGCACGAGAAGGCCGUCCUCUUCUGCAAGAAGAGGGAGGAGAACGGGGAGGGGUACGAGAAGGCCCCUUCCUACAGCUACAAGCAGUCCUUGAAUAUGACGGCUGUCGGCAUCACAGAGAACGUGAAGGGUGACAGCAAGAAGUUUGAGAUCUGGUACAACGCAAGGGAGGAGGUUUACAUCAUUCAGGCACCAACUCCAGAGAUCAAAGCAGCAUGGGUGAACGAGAUCCGGAAGGUGCUGACCAGCCAGCUGCAGGCCUGUCGGGAAGCCAGCCAGCACCGAGCCCUGGAGCAGUCCCACAGCCUUCCUCUGCCCGCACCCUCCAGCACCAGUCCCACAAAGGGGAACACAAGAAAUGUUAAGAAGCUCGAAGACCGGAAGACAGACCCGCUCAGCCUGGAAGGCUACGUGAGCUCAUCCUUGCCAAAGCCCCCUGAGAAGGGCAAAGCCUCUCCGACCAGUCCUGACAAAAAGGCUAAGCGACAUGAAGUAAAGAGCGACCCGACUCCCUUUGGUUUGCGAGGCUGGAGCAAAACAUCCCACUCACUGGAGGCUCCUGAGGAGGAUGGAGGCUGGUCCAGUGCUGAGGAACUCAUCAAUUCAUCUGAUGCUGAAGAAGAUGGAGGAGUGGGCCCUAAGAAGCUGGUUCCGGGUAAAUACACAGUGGUGAUGGAUGAUGAGAAGGGGGGCCCUGACACCCUUGCCAUGAGGAGUGGGGAUAUGGUGGAGGUAGUGGAAGAAGGCGCUGAGGGCCUCUGGUAUGUUCGGGACCUGACCAGCAGCAAGGAGGGAUGGGUCCCAGCCAGCAGCCUGUCCACCCUCCUGGGCAAAUCGAGCUCAGCCCAGUGUCUGAGCAGCUCAGACUCCAGCCCAGGGUCAGCCGUGCUGAGCAACUCGUCCAGCUGCAGCGAGGGCUACCCUACUCCCUUCUCCGAGCUCCAGGGAUAGUGGCCAGGCCUCUGUGGCAGGCACUCAAGGCCACGUGCAGUAGACCAGCAUGCAAAUCUCUAAGUUUUUUUUUUCCUGCUUGGGCUUGCUUAGUUUGGGAGGGGAUGGUGCUCCAAGGUACCUGGAAACAGAAGGACCUUGUCACCCAUGGGCUCCAGAGGACACUGGGGCCUUGGAACCAGGACUCUGCUGCAUGUGCGGAAGCCAGGGGACAACAGUUCACCAACGCUUCUUUGAAGACUCCAGAGUGGACAGAGGCGGGGCUAUGGGUCAGGAGACCCCUGUGCAGAAAGGUGGGAGAUAGCCCUUUCCCACACCUGGGAAGCCAACACUCCUGCUGUGCAGCCUUUUCAAGGUGUCUUGGCCUCUCUGGUGCUUUCUACGGGAACAUCAUCCUGAGGAAGCUACUUCUAACAGGAGUGAACAGUUUGCUACCAACAGCCUAAGAAGGGGAUCAAGGGACUCUUGUCUUUUAUAAGUUUUUGAUUUUUUUUUUUAAACAAAACAGGGAUUAACCCCGUGGCCAUUUUUUUGUGGUACUCUGGCCUCAAAUCUUUAACCAAGAAUCACUGUGUUUACAUGAAAUGACAAUUUGAUACUGUAUUUGAUAUAAAACUAUUUUUUGUUACUGGGGUUUACAUCAAAGCACGUUGUUUAUACAACUAACUGAUUUCUGGGGCACUCUCACUGAGACCUGGCACUCCCUGGAAUGCAGGUGCAGGAAGGCCUGGUAAAACAGGGCCAAGUCCUCCUGGUAAACUGGGGGCGUGUUCUCCACCAAAAGCAGUUGGAAAUCACUGAGAGUCUUGCAUCUGCAUAGGUUUCGUUUUCACAAGAAAUGUAAAGUAUAAUUUAAAACAUUAGCCUUCUUUUCUACAAUAUAAAGGAGACUCUCUGUUUUUUUAAAAGAACAUCAUUAAAUUAGGAUAUUUUUAUUAUUUUUAAAGAAAAUGUAAAACUCCAUGCUGUCAGCCAUCCUCAGCAACUCAGGCACUGGCUGCCUCUCCAUGUCAGGGCAGGCCCCACUUCCCCUCCCCUAACCCCACCAACCUCUGCCCUACACCAGGAGGGGCUGCAGCUGAGCUUAUGGGGGGACGUGUAGCCUCCAUUCCAGUCAUGGCAGAACCGCCACAGACUGUUGUUUUCCUCUUUUUUGUGUGUUUCAGAAACAAAUUCUGUUCUUUGGAAACUCUGUGCCUCGUAGGGCAGAUAUUUUUAUAUGUGUGUAUAUAUGUUCACGUGUGUACAUAUGAUCUUGGUGUAAAGGAUGUAUUUAUGGUCUCACGCUGCUGAACAUUUGUCACUUUACGGUCCCUCCCUGUCUCCUCACCCUGCUGCCACGGGAGGCCACCGAGGCUCGGUCACCACUGUUUGUCCAGGAAAAACACCCUCCUCCCCUGCCCUAUGGCUUGCAAAGCCAUUACUGGCUACACAUUCAGAGAAUGGUAAUAAAAUACAAAACCUGCAAAGA